CGGUGUGGCAGCAGGAUGCUCUUUUUUUAAUAAUAGAAGCACGUUGUUUUUGAGUGUUAUGGCCGGUUUUUUGUCUUUUUUUUUUUUUUUUUAAGGCAAGCGAAACAAACGUCGUGGGUAGGGUUAUUUGUUGUUUCAUUCCACCGUUCUUUCACUUACUUGAGGGUCGUUUUGUAACCUGUUAGGCUACAGGAAGUGUUUGGUAAAACUCCAGGCGAGGACCGAACAUAGUGUGCUCCCCCUCCACAAAUUUGGAUCGCGGCGCUGCACCGGCCAGCAGCAGCAGCAGCAGCAGCAGCAGCUCCAACACAGAGCUUGCCCGGAACAAACCAUUUCCUCACCCGCGGGGGGGGGGGGGUGGUCGCGGUGCAGAGACCCAACAGGAAACGCAGAGGGGUGUUUUUGUGUCUCUGCCAGAUCCAGUCAUGGCCGACAAAAUACCGCCAGAGCAGGAAAACCCGCUGCUCCAACAUAAGGGCCUACCCAAUGGGAAAGAAGGCACCAAAGACGGGCUGCAGGCGAGGGGCGAGUGGGCCAGCAAGGCGGAGUUUCUCCUGGCCGUCGCGGGGCAGAUCAUCGGGUUGGGCAACGUCUGGAGGUUUCCUUACCUGUGCUACAAGAAUGGAGGAGGUGUGUUCUUUGUACCCUACCUGUUGUUCCUGGUGUUGUGUGGCAUCCCCCUCUUCCUCCUGGAGACCUCUCUGGGACAGUACACAAGCCUGGGAGGAGUCAGCGCCUGGAGGACUAUCUGCCCGUUGUUUGGAGGUCUGGGCUACGCGAGCCAGGUGAUGAUCCUGCACGGCUGUGUGUACUACAUCGUCAUCCUGGCCUGGGCGCUCUUCUACCUGAGCUACAGCUUCCAGGCGGAGCUGCCGUGGUCGCACUGCAACAACACGUGGAACACGGAGUCGUGUUUCCUCUUUGACCAACUCAACAAGACGACCAAUGUGACCAGCCUGCCUGAGAACGCCACCUCGCCUGUCAUGGAGUUCUGGGAGCGGGAGGUGCUCCGGCUCUCUGACAGUUUGGACGAGCUGGGUCCGAUCAGCUGGAAGCUGGCUCUGUGUCUGGCGGUCGUCUGGCUCGUUUGUUACUUCUGCGUCUGGAAGGGAGUCAAGUCCACCGGAAAGGUGGUGUACCUGACAGCCACCUUCCCGUACGCCAUGCUGUUUGUGCUGCUGGUGCGCGGUGCCACGCUGCCCGGAGCCAUGCAGGGAAUCAUCUACUACCUCAAACCCAACCACACCCGUCUGGCAGACCCACAGGUAUGGAUGGAUGCAGGUACCCAGAUUUUUUUCUCGUACGGGAUCUGUUUGGGAAGUCUCACAGUGCUGGGCAGUUACAACAAAUACAACAAUGACUGCUAUAAGGACUCUUUCCUCCUGUGCCUCCUGAACAGCGGCACCAGCUUCCUGGCAGGUUUUGCCAUCUUCUCGGUGCUGGGCUUCAUGGCUGAGGAGCAGGGCGUGGACAUAGCCACCGUGGCCGAGUCAGGUCCCGGCCUCGCCUUCAUCGCCUACCCGAGAGCCGUCGCCAUGAUGCCUUUCCCUCAACUGUGGGCCGUGUGCUUCUUCCUCAUGAUCAUCAUGUUAGGGCUGGACACACAGUUUGUGAGUCUGGAGGCCCUGAUGACGUCAGUGGCGGACCUGUACCCUCACCUGAUCCGACGAGGACACCGCCGGGAGCUGCUGCUGAUGUUCGUCUGCAUCGUCUGCUUCCUGGUCGGGCUGGUCAUGGUCACGCCGGGAGGUCUGUAUGUGUUCCAGAUCUACGACCAUUUCUCCUGCAGCGGAGCCAGCCUGCUGCUUCUCUCCAUCUUUCAGUCCCUCGCCAUCGGCUGGGUCUAUGGAGCCGAGCGCUUCAGUGACAACAUCAGGGACAUGACGGGCUACAACCCCCUGCCCGUCUUCAGAGUGUGCUGGAAAUACUUGACCCCAGCUGUGUGCACUGACCUCUGUGGGCACCACUCCUGCGACACGCUGGGCAUGGCCGACGUCGGCACCGUCUGCUCUCCGGAGAGAAGCUGCGCCGUCAUCGAGGACGACGGCCUCCACGCUGCGUUCACCGUCGCGCACGAGAUAGGUCACCUCCUGGGUUUGUCCCACGACGACUCCAAGUUCUGCGAGGAGCGCUUCGGCGUCAACAGCGACAAGCGCCUCAUGUCCUCCAUCCUCACCUCCAUCGACGCCUCCAAACCGUGGAGCCGCUGCACCUCGGCGACCAUCACCGACUUCUUCGACGAUGGGAACGCCGAGUGUCUCCUCGACUCCCCCCGGCAGCCCCUCCUGGUCCCCGAGGAGCUCCCCGGCCAGAGCUACGACGCCGUCCGCCAAUGCCGCCUCGCCUUCGGCCCCGAGUACACGGUCUGCCCCGGCAUGGACGUCUGCUCCCGGCUGUGGUGCGCCGUCAUCCGCCAGGGCCAGAUGGUGUGUCUGACCAAGAAGCUGCCGGCGGUGGAAGGGACGCCCUGCGGGAAGGGACGCAUCUGCCUGCAGGGGAAGUGUGUGGACAAGACCAGGAAGAGACAUUACUCGGCGUCCAACCACGGCAGCUGGAGUUCCUGGGGUCCUUGGGGUGCCUGCUCCAGGACUUGCGGAGGCGGCGUGCAGUUUGCCCAACGCCUGUGCAACAACCCGCCGCCGCGGAACAACGGACGCUACUGCACGGGGAAGAGAGCCAUCUAUCGGUCCUGCAACGUCACGCCGUGUCCAGCAUCGAAUAAGAAUUACCGGCAGGAGCAGUGUGAGGUGCGUAACGGCCCUCAGACGGAUCCUAAAGGGGUGAAGACCUUCGUCGAGUGGGUGCCAAAGUAUGCCGGAGUCCUCCCUAAAGACGUGUGCAAGCUGACCUGCAGAGCCAAAGGAACUGGGUACUAUGUGGUGUUCUCUCAGAGGGUGGUAGAUGGGACGGAGUGUCGACCGUACAGCAGCUCAGUGUGUGUGAAAGGGAAAUGUAUAAGGACAGGAUGUGACGGCAUCAUUGGCUCCAAGCUUCAGUUUGACAAGUGUGGAAUAUGUGGAGGUGACAGCACGGGGUGUAUACGGGUUGUUGGCAACUUCACCAAGAAGAGUAAGGGUUAUACCGACGUGGUGAAAAUCCCUGCAGGCUCCACCCAUAUUAAGGUUCGUCAGCACAAGGCCAAGGACCAAACCCGCUACACCGCCUACUUAGCACUCCGGCGGCCCAACAGCGAUUACCUCCUAAAUGGCAAGUUCAUGAUCUCCACCUCCGAGACGGUCAUCCCAGUCAACGGUUCUGUGCUCAACUACAGCGGCUGGAGCCAAAAGGACGAGUGGCUUCACAGUAUGGGUCCAGGAGCCAUCCAAGAAGCAUUGGUGGUCCAGAUUCUAGCAACAGACGCUAAAAAGCCCCUGGAUGUUGGUUAUAGCUUCUACAUGCCACGCCGGACAACCCCACAGCAGCCGUCAGUUCCAUUAGUCCCCAACCCAAAGUCGAUCCCUGUGCAGAUUCCUACAACCGUCUCAACCACGACAAGAACCACGACCACCUCCAGUCGCACCACUACAUCUUCCCCAGUUCCCCCUGUCCUUAAUCCAGGGCCACCCACAGGUCCAGGUCCUUCCACCCCAACCCCAGGACCGCAAUGGGUAACGGGUUCCUGGAUGACUUGUUCCAGGACUUGUGACACUGGCUGGCAAAGUCGGACAGUUCAGUGCAAGGACCCGGAUGGGAAACUGUCCAAGGGUUGCAUGCUUGGUGCCCGGCCUUCUGCCUUUAAACACUGUCUGGUUAAGAAAUGUUGAACUGACAGGAGGGAAGAAGUGACUAUUAAGAAACAAUUCGUGGGAAGAAGUUAAUCUGUACCUCUGAUAAAGGUCUCAAGUGCUGGAUGUAGGACUAUGGACCAAUAAAUGUAAGGCAUCAAACCUUAAACAGGACCAGGAAUGUUGGCUUAAAGCGCCUUGACCAGAUACAAAGAGACCCAGAGACUGAGUGGCAUGGUACCUGAUUAUAUGCCAGACGAAUGUCCGGGAAUCAUAAGAGCUAUGCAAGUAGGAUGGAGGACAGUUCCCGUAUGACAGUGACAAGUCCAGCCCUGGCAUAGCUAAGGACUUUAUUGCAUGUCACUUCUACAUGGACAGUAACUGAUUGUCUUUACUUCAGUCUCCAAGUCACGGAGGCUUAGUAUGUGUUGCCCUGUAAUGGCAUGCGUGUUGUGUUUUUGUAUGCUACUCCAUGUCUUCUAAUCACUGUGGGGAUUCGGAAGCCGUACCCCUUUGUCUUUUGUCGUGAGUUUAUCCAAGACAAGAGCCCCAAUGAUGGGAAGCACUCAAUAUUUACAUUGUCGUAAUUUCUGCCGGUAUUGUAGCCCUGUUCCACCACUGUCAUCCAUUUCAGUCCAUGGUCCACUAUUACCAUCUCCCAAAACUCUUGACAUUUCUCUGACUGAGAGGCCUUUAAACUGAUCCCAUCCAAUAUCAAUCUUCUAAGCAACUGUUCAGAAUGAAACCAUCAAAACAGGAAGGUCAGUUAAUGCUUGAGACUUCACUCACAACUGAUCUGUGUGUCCAGAUAUACCCAAUCUCCAAUUUGAACUGGCCAGAGUAUGUGGGCGAAGACACAUCUGUAGAAAUCCAAUAGGAAAUGCAUUUCAAUUCACCCCUAUAAGUGACUUUUAUUUUGCCGUUGAGACUUUCUGAAGCCAAUCUUGAUACAAUCUGUACAUGGCAAAAUGGGGAUUUGGGCUGGCAGUACAAGUACAGGUAUAAAGAUUGCACAGGGCUUUUGUACCAACUUGAGUCGUCUCAGCAGCAGUGCUGUCAGUCGAGCUACCAAUGGUAAAACGGAUAUUUGUACAUGUAAUUCAGAAGUUGUUUCUCGUCUUCCAGUGUCCAAGAAGAUUUCAUCCUUGUAUUCUCUGCUUUGUGAUUGUGACUGAAAUGUCCAACUUUUUGAAAUACUUAUGGCAGUUCUGGAUCAGGGCUAUCCACGUGUUCUGACCACAGGCCCUCUUUGUCUUUCAUUUGACUGAUCGGCCCAGCUGAAUACCAGAAAGCUUGUGUCUCAGGAUCAGGUUCUUGAGAAAUUUAGAAGAAAGGCAAACUGAUAAUCCCCUGUAAAGUGUGGGACAGCAGAAUGGUGUUAUUGGAUUCGAAAGGGAAUCUUCAAGGACAAAGUUAAAUUGACAAAAGGGCAAAGUAACUAUGACACUCCUUAACAUUUAUGGAGGUUAAUUUUAACUCAAAUGUUUGGGGAAAUGCUUGAUUUUAUGUGCGUGAGUGUAAUGUGUGUGUUUGUUUUUUGUGUGCAUGCUUAGUGCUAGCACAUCCAUGUACCAGGCUUGUGUUUUUUAAAGCACAUACAGUAUGUACUGUGAUCUUGAUGCUUCCUCACUCUCAGUUCCAUUUAUAUCAAUCAUUAUGCUGGUGCUGGGAGGUUUACAGUCCUCACAUUUUUCAUGUUGCAGUAAAUAUCUUGUUUAUCUGUUUCAGAAGCAAUGCUAAUAUGACAAUGUGUGCCCUGGAUACUCGCAACGACAGCAAGAGAGACACUAAUGCAGUCAUUAAUGUCCUUUUGCAAUUCAACUCGUUCUCCUUUUUCUUUUUUUAUUUCUCAUUACACUUGACUUUUUUUAAAUGAUUGUUUAGCCUGUUUGCAAACCCGUUGCAACAAUUCAGAUUUUGCCACAGAAGAGAUUCAUCUAAAGGAUCUGUUAACCCAAAAUAGAGAAAGGUACCUAUUGCCAGUUAAAUUUUGAAAUGCAGAUAGUUUGAUUGUUGAUUUAUCUGCCUACUGCCUCCCCAGUCGGUAAACAGAAUUUAACUUGCCAUUACAAACUUUUUACUUCAGAAACAAUGCCUUGGUUACAUCAGACAAUCCUAGACCUCGACGUCUUGGUUCUAGAAAGCUUCUCAAAUAUUCAUUCAAAGAAUAGUUUGACAGUGAAAUUAAAUAUACAUGUUAAAUUUCUUACCUGGGAAUAUGCAGAAAGAUUCAAUCCACACCACAGUCUUGCCAUGAACAAUAAAGUUGAGCCAGAAAAGCAGUAUCUUAGCUUAGCAUUAAGCCAUGAGGUAAUGGGAAACAGUUGCCUACCUCUGUCCAAUAAUUAUAAAUAAAACCAUCAAGCCACUUUCAGCUUGGCAAUUGCUACAUUUUUUAAUGAUUGUUUAAUCAAUACUUAACUUAGUUAAAACAACACUUUAUCCCGAUUUUUGUAAUGCUAAGCUAACAGGCUACUAGCUAUAAUUGUGUAUUGAAUGGACACUUUCAAGUAGGGUAUCAUUUCUCUCGUCUAAAUCUCAAAAACAUGAAUAUUAAUGUCAAAAUAUUCAAUUAAGUAAGGAACAAAACAAAAGACAGGAUUUAACCAAGUUUAUAUGAAGAAAUUUGAUUAUUUGGUAAUUUUUUUAAUUAAGAAUGUAAGAUAAAGGUAUUGUUCCUCAGACAUUUGGUACAUGUGCAGGAGAAAACAAAGCAUGAUACAAAAAAGUUUUCAGGUCAACAAACCACUUACAAAAUGUUCUGUUUUCUUCACACCUUCAGAAUUAUUUACACAGUAUAGACAUUUUUUUGUACAAAUUAGUAGGUCUUCCAUAUGUGUAAUGUAAUAUUUACGAUAAUAUACACACAUCAUUGAAACAAUCCAUCAUUGGCGCAGUAUUUGUAGAUUUUGGAAACCUACACACACACAUACUCGCAACCUACUCCGACUCUUCCGGUGGGGAAACCCGUCUCGCUGAAUGACAGAAAAACACAGCACUGAACUUGUAAUUUAUUGUUUGUACAACUGGUAUGUGUGAAUAAAAGAAGCAUUGAGAUGA